GUAACUAAGGAGAUCACAGUUCUGUUUACCUCUAAGAUGUCCUCCUUGCUAGCUGCUGAUGCUGCGGGGCUGGAGCUGAAAUGACCGAGCUCUAAAUCCUUUUCUUCGCUUCUAGAACCUCCCAGUGGGCUUCCUUUGUUUUUGUUUUACAGGAUGCAGUUGAAACAUAUUAAGAGUCUUCUCACCCCGCAGGAUGGUGCAGCCAAAGUCACAUGCAUGGCCUGGGCACCAAACAACAGCAAGUUUGCUGUUUGCAAUGUGGACAGAGUGGUGUUGCUCUAUGAUGAACAUGGAGAAAGAAGAGACAAGUUUUCCACAAAACCUAUGGAUCCAAAGUAUGGAAAACAGAGCUAUGUGGUCAAUGAUAUGGUCUUCUCGCCGGACUCCACCAAAAUCGCCAUUGGCCAAUCGGACAACAUCAUCUACGUCUACAGAAUCGGAGAAGACUGGGGGGACAAGAAAGUCAUCUGCAACAAAUUUGUUCAGACGAGUGCUGUGACUCGCCUUCUUUGGCCUGGAGAAAGUGCUAUUGUUUACGGAUUACUAGAUGGAAAGGUCCGCCUCGCCAACACCCAGACAAACAAAUCCUCCACCAUCUACUCCACAGAGUCCCCUGUCAUCUCUCUGACAUCCAAUGUUUCUGGGAAGGGUGUCCUCUCUGGUCACACUGAUGGGACUGUGGUGCGCUACUUCUUUGAUGAUGAAGGCUCAGGGGAUUCUCAGGGUAAGCUGCUGACUCACCCUUGCCCCCCGUAUGCUCUGGCCUGGGGUGCAAACAGCAUCAUGGUGGGCGGCUGCGAUAAGAAGGUGGUGGUGUACGGCAGGGAUGGCCAAGUCCUGCAGAACUUUGACUACAGCCGAGACCGAUCAGAGCGAGAGUUCACCGUGGCGGCCACCAGCCCCAGCGGACAGUCUGUGGUGUUCGGCAGCUUCGACCGACUGCGAGUGUUUAACUGGUCCCCAAGGAGAGGCAUGUGGGAUGAAGCCAAACCCAAAGAGAUCGCUAACCUCUACGCCAUCACCAGCUUGGCAUGGAAGACGGACGGAUCCCGCCUUUGUGCUGGAACACUGUGUGGCGGAGUUGAGCUGUUUGACUGCUGCUUGAGAAGAACCAUCUAUAAGAACAAGUUUGAAAUGACCUACGUUGGCCUGAGUCAGGUGAUCGUAAGGAACCUCUCCACUAGAACAAGGGUGGUGCUGAAGUCCAUUUAUGGCUAUGAGAUAGAAGAAGUCAGGAUCAUGGGAAAAGAUCGCUACCUGGUGGCGCACACCUCUGACACUCUUCUGCUCGGUGACCUAAUAACCAGCAAAUUAAGCGAGGUUCCUUGGUCCGGUUCUGGAGGAAACGAAAAGUUCUUCUUCGAAAACGAGACGGUGUGCAUGAUUUUUAAUGCCGGGGAGCUGAGCCUGGUGGAGUACAGUAACAACGAGAUUCUGGGAUCUGUCAGGACGGAGUUCAUGAAUCCACACCUCAUCAGUGUGCGACUAAAUGAGAGGAAGCAGAGAGGAGUGGAAAACAACAAGAAACUGGCUUAUCUGAUCGACAUAAAGACCAUUGCUAUUGUGGACCUGGCUGAAGGCUACAACCUGGGAACCAUCAGCCACGACUCUAAGAUUGACUGGCUGGAGCUCAAUGAAACCGGACGCAAACUGCUGUUCAGGGACAAAAAGCUGAGGCUCCACCUGUACGACAUAGAGUCCAGGAUGAAGACCACACUGCUCAGUUUCUGCUCCUACGUCCAGUGGGUGCCCGGCAGCGACGUGGUGGUCGCCCAGAACAGAGGCAACGUGUGCGUCUGGUACAACAUCGACAGCCCAGAAAGCAGCACCAUGAUCCCCAUCAAGGGAGACAUUUUGGAUCUUGAAAGAGGCGAUGGAAGGACAGAAGUCAAGGUGACGGAGGGCGUCAGCACAGUGGGGCACCUUUUGGACGAAGGCCUCAUUGAGUUUGGUACCGCCAUCGACGACGGAGAUUAUGACCGAGCAACAGCAUUUCUGGAGAAGCAGGAUAUGUCACCAGAGACUGAGGCCAUGUGGAAGACACUCAGCAAGCUGGCUCUAGAAGCACGGCAGCUGCACAUCGCAGAAAGAUGUUUUGCUGCUUUGGGUGACGUCUCAACCGUUCGGUUUCUCCACCAGACCAAUCAGAUUGCAGACAAAGUUUCACAGGAAAUGGGAGAAGAUGGGACAUCGUUUUAUAAAGUCCAAGCCAACAUGGCCAUGUUGGAUAAGAACUUUAAACUGGCUGAGAUGCAUUACAUGGAGCAGAAUGCCAUUGAAGAAGUCAUAGAGAUGUACCAAGAGCUCCACAUGUGGGAUGACUGCAUUGCUGUGGCUGAAGCCAAGAACCUCCCGGAGCUGGACAGCCUGCGUAGGAACUUCUACCAGUGGCUAACAGAGACGGGUCAAGACGAGAAGGCCGGCGAAGUGAAGGAGAGGGAAGGAGAUUUCCAGGGUGCCAUCAACCUCUACUUGAAGGCUGGACUACCAGCCAAAGCUGCCCGUCUGGCCAUCAGCCACCCAGAGAUCUCCAGCAGCACAGAGACAGUCAAUCGCAUCGCUGCCAGUCUAAUCAAGGGAGAGUUAUAUGAUAGAGCUGGAGAUCUUUAUGAGACGGUCAGGAACAACCAGAAAGCUCUGGAGUGCUACUGCAAAGGAAACGCCUUCAGGAAAGCGGUAGAGCUGGCUCGUCUGGCUUUCCCUGCCGAGGUGGUGAAACUGGAGGAGGACUGGGGAGAGUACCUCGUCCAGCAGAAACAGAUGGACGCCGCCAUCAAUCAUUUCAUUGAAGCAGGCUGCUCCCUUAAAGCCAUCAAGGCAGCAGUCGCAGCUCGCCAGUGGAAGAAGGCUGUCCACAUCCUGGAGUUGCAGGAUGAUCCAUCAGCCAAGGAAUUUUAUGUAACGAUAGCCCGGCACUACGCCUCCAUUCAGGAGUACGAGGUGGCAGAGCAGCUCUUUGUGAAGGGGGGUCACAUUAAAGAUGCCAUUGACAUGUUCACCACAGCAGGACGCUGGGAGGAGGCUCACAAGCUGGCGAUGGAGUGUAUGACAGAGGAGGAGGUCACUGAUCUAUAUGUCAGCAGAGCUAAGGAGCUGGAGAAGGAUGGAAAGUUCAAAGAGGCUGAAAAGCUGUUUGCCACCGUGAAUAAGCCUGAUUACGCCAUCAACAUGUACAAGAAGAACCGGAUGUUUGGUGAUAUUAUUCGUUUAGUUGCCAAACAUCACCCCAACCUGCUGACGGAGACCCACCUCCUCCUGGCCAAGGAACUGGAAGCAGAGUCCAGAUUCUCAGAGGCAGAGUACCACUUCAUGGAGGCUGAAGAGUUGAAGGCAGCGGUAAACAUGUACAUAGUCCAUAAAAUGUGGGAGGACGCAUACAGGGUGGCAAAGACCCAUGGAGGAGAUGGAGCCCAGAAACAGGUGGUCUACUUGUGGGCCAAGAGUCUGGGAGGAGAGGCAGCCGUCAAGCUCCUCAACAAGUUUGGUUUGCUGGACUUCGCCAUCGAAACCGCUGCACAUAAGCUCUCAUUUGACUUUGCCUUUGACUUGGCUCGCCUGUCAUGUAAGGAGAAGAUUCCCGAGAUCCACCUCAAGUAUGCCAUGUACCUGGAGGACGAGGAGAGGUUUCCUGAGGCUGAAGCUGAGUUCAUCAAAGCAGGAAAACCCAAAGAAGCCGUUUCCAUGUAUUCCCACAACAAGGACUGGGCCAACGCUCAGCGGGUGGCCGAGAGCCACGAUCCAGAAAGCGUUUCCGAGGUUCUGGUGGACCAAGCCAAGUUCUGCUUCGAACAGAAGGAUUUCCAGAAAGCAGAAGCGUUCCUGCUUCGAGCGCAGAGGCCUGAACUGGCCGUCAAAUUAUAUAAGGAUGCAGCCAUGUGGAGCGAUGCAAUGCGGAUCUGUAAGGAAUAUCUCCCCAGCAAGCUCUCUGUGCUGCAGGAGGAGUAUGAGAGGGAGAACUCCAAGGAGGGUGGCCGGGGUGCCGAAGGUUUGCUGGAGCAGGCCAAAGAGUGGGAAAAGAUGGGAGAAUAUUCCCGAGCUGUGGACUGUUACCUGAAGGUGAAGGAUGACUCCAAUGCCGCCUUGAUGGAGAAAUCCUGGAUGAAGGCAGCAGAACUUUCCAUCAAGUUCCUGAGUGCAGACCGAGCCGCAGAGGUGGUUCAUAUCAUCGGGCCCCGACUUACACAGCUGAGGAAGUUUAAUGCUGCUGCCGAGCUGUACCUCAACAUGGACCUCAUCAAAGAGGCGAUCGAUGCCUUCAUCCAAGGCGAGGAGUGGAAUAAAGCCAAGCGAGUGGCCAAAGAGCUGUUACCAAGAUAUGAAGACUACGUGGAUCAGAAGUACAAGGAGCACCUUAAAAACCAAGGCAGAGUGGAGUCGCUGGUGGGUGUGGACGUCAUGGCGGCUCUGGACCUGUACGCAGAGAAGGGCCAGUGGGACAAAUGUCUGGAGACGGCAUCCAAACAGAACUAUAAGAUCCUCCAUAAAUAUGUUGCUCUUUACGCAACUCAUCUCAUCAAGGAGGAAAAUGCACUGAAAGCUCUGCAGCUCUACACGCAACAUGGAGCUCCACCAAACCCACAAAAUUUCAACAUCUACAAGCGUUUGUUUCUGGAACUGAUCAGCAGCCCCAGCCUCGAUGGACCAGAAUCGUACCGUAUGUGGGCCGACCUGCGAAAUUUCCUACAGCAGCUGUGCGAGAACAUAUCCAAGUCAGCGGAGGCCAAUUCUCCGGCUCACCAAGACUUUGAGCAAAUGCUGCUGAUCGCUCACUACUUGGCCACUCGCUCUGCAGCCAAGGGAGUCGAGCAGCUGAUGAGCAUAGCAGCCAAGGUGUCUGUGUCUCUGCUGCGCUACACUGAGUACAUCCGUGCAGACAAAGCUUUCUACGAAGCUGGCCUAGACUGCAAGGCUGUUGGUUGGGAGAACAUGGCCUUUAUCUUUUUUAACCACUUUGUGGACCUGUCCGAUGCCUUGGACGACGGCCACGCUCCCGAUCACUCCGACUUCCUGGACACGGACAUUCCCUUCGAGGUUCAUCUUCCCACCCAACUCUGUGUGACCGAAGCCCAGCUGGAGCAGAUCCGUGAUUGGGUGCUGAUGGUGUCCGUGCAAAACCGGCUGGAGCAGGUUCUCCCUCGGGACGAAAGGGACACGUACGAAGCCUCGCUGGUGGCCUCCAAAACAGGCCUCCGCUCGCUGCCUUGUGUUCUCACUGGUUAUCCUGUUCUCAGAAACAAAAUUGAGUUUCCAGCUGCAGGAAAAGCAGCAAACAAAGAAGACUGGAAUAAAUUUCUUAUGGCAACAAAGACCACUCACAGUCCAGAGUGUCAGGAUGUCCUUAAAUUCAUAAGUGAAUGGUGUGGUGGUCUACCAGCGUCAGGAUUCUCCUUCCACUGAUGGGAAUCCUCUCCGUCGUACACACUUCCAUAUUCCCUAGGAUGGCAUAGAAGAUAAAGCCAAAGGUUGACGUCUUAAGCUUAAAUAUGUUUUCUCAAUGUUAUAAAUCUUCUGCAUGACUUUAUUUCCCAUCAGUUAUAAAUAUAUUUAAUGUAUGCGGACUGAAAAGUUUCCUUCUGUGUUUUUAAAGCCAGUAAUGCCUUUACGGUGUGUUUCCAAAGGAAUGUAUUGUCUUUAGGAAUGUCUAAAUAAAGUUUUCAAACACUAAAA